AGUCAUGGCUCCCUGCUUUCUUUGCGCAUAGCUGGUUAGCCUUACAGAGCAAUCGCUAACUUUGUCUCCCUUGCUGUUGUAGCGACUACCUUGCCCGAGCGCCCCAAAGACACUGUUGCGGAACCGGAGAGCAAUGAGACUCACGUCAAGAGACCCUAUGAGAGCAGCUUGACCACUAAGGAGGAAGAUCACAAGCCUCCCAAGAUUCCCAGGGUUGAGGAUGCUUUGGAUACUACCUCCUCGGCCAAGGCUCUUGAGCCUACAGAGAAGGAGACCGCUGGCGCAGCUGCUAUCCCAGCCGGCGAAACCACGAUUCAGCCCCAAAUGGUGCCAGGAUUGGGUACUGAUCCCUCGGACAACGUGGAUAAGGACUUGGAGGCCCCAGGCCUGAGCAAGGACACGGCCACUCCCCUUGAGGCUCUCGCACCCACAUCCAGCACCACCGAGCCCGUGGUCACUGAUUCUGUUAUUGAGAAGAAGGCUGCCGAAGAACCUGUUGCGCCUGCCUCCACAGCCCCUGUCUCGGAGGCUAACGUGCUCCCUCUUACUGAGAAGCCCGAAGCCCCUGUCGCUGAGGAAUUUGAGGCUCUCGAUGUGGCUCCCGAGACGACAAAGGAAGUCACUUCGACUGAACCUUCGACGGCUGCAGUAGCUACCGAACCGGCUCCAGUUGUCUCAUCCAGCGUUACCGAUGCGGACGCAAAGGCCACGGAUGCGGCUGCGACAUCUGCCACCGAUUCUGCCCCUGCUGCUGGGGCCCAGAAGCCUCUGCAGAUCGCGGAAGAACAAGUGGACGCAGCCACUGCUAAGGCACCGGAGGAGAAGUUGGAUGCAGCCAAGGCUCAGGCACCGGAAGAAAGCGCUGGCGCAUCGAAGGUAGAGGAGACUCAACCCACUGUCACCGAGUCGCAGCCAGCUUCUGCCGCCACGGAUGCUCAGAAGACAGAGGAGGCCCCGUCAUCGGAGACCAAGCCGCAGGAGACCCCAGCUGCACAAGAUACGCAAACUGAGGGUGCCCCCACGGGUCAGGAGGUGACUAGCGAGGGAGCUGCGGCCAUCAAUGAGCCCGAGAAUAAGUCGGCGACCGAUCAGGCCAAGGAUACGGCCAAGCUGGCCGCCAACCGGGCUCAAGAGUCUGCCAAGUCCGAGGCAGCCAAGGGAGGGGCCGAGAAGCGCAAGAGUGGUAUCUGGUCAUGGCUCAAGCGCAAGGUCAAGGGCGACAAGAACUAGACCCUGUGAGCGGAUGUGUGACCAAAUUCCCCAAUGGCUGUUCGGGGCAGUCGGAGAUGGUUUCCGACUCCCUCUCCCUUUUUAUACUCUGAU